CGAGCAACCGGAGGACGCUGGCGGCGCUGGCUGCUGCUCACCAGCCGUUGGGAGGUUUCUGCCUGCCACCCUUCAAACAGGAGUCCGUUACUCUUCUCCCUUCCUGUGGGUGGUCAACAGCCUCUCUGGGACACAGACCAAGUUUGAUGCGUGAUACCGUGUCCUCACCCCACGCCCAGACCCAGGGAGGUAUCAGCUGCAACUCCCAGGUUUUCCCAAAUGACAUUGUUUCUCUAAUGCUGUCACUGUGUUUUCCUUGCAGAGAUAAAAUCCCAGGAAAAGUCUGUGACAGCAGCAGCAGAGGGACCUCGAUGGUCUUUGGCUGUCGCCUCGUGUAGGAGAUGUAGUGCCCUUUCUAGACUUCACUCAACUCACAAGUCAGCAACUUCAAAGCACUCAACUCACUGGAGCCAUGGCAACAGGGGAUCCAGAUGUGUUCCCAUCUCAGGAUGUGAAACAAAGCACCAAGCCCUUGCUGAAGGGCACAGCAACUCCAAAGAAAGCAAAGAUCACAUUCGAUGUCAUGAAGAUGUUAGACCCACAUCAGCUGAAACCUGAUAGCACGGAGACAGAAAGAAUCAUGAAUGUCUUGGAUGAGACAGCUGCCAAGCUGGAGAUGAGCAGUUUGAUCCCACAUGUGGUUGACUCUCUGGAUAGGUUUGCUGAUAUGCUGGGUCCUGAGAUCACAAAGAACCUGCUGGAGCUGCGAAAGCUUUCGAUGGAAAUGGAGUGCCUGCUUGCCAGCUCUGGGGAAGAGACCACCACGAGAGCUGAGGAGCAACGGGGCCACCUCUGCUUUCUAGAGCAACGUCUGAAAUGUUCUGUUAGAAACGUCCUGAGACUCUUCCUGGCCAACCCUUCACUUCCCCAGGCUCUGAAACCCAAAGCUGGGGCGGGAGAGUCACCAGCUGAAGGGUUUGUCAAAGCCUUCGGGGUGUUCAGGAAUUUCAUGCUGGAGAGACUCCUGACUAGUCCCAUGGAAGAGAAAGGAAAGAUCCAGUUCGUGGAAGACAUCUCCCUCCAGAUUAAGCAGCACGCUGAAGCAAUCACAGCCCUGCAGGCAAAGCUGGCAGCAGCAAUCCAGGCUCGAGAGGACGAGAUUCACAAGAAGGACAAUAUGAUUGAAGACCUCAAAACCAGAAUUCAAGAUGUGGCCAAAGACUCCAAGAUCAGCUUCCAGAAGAUCAAGGAGGAAGGAGAAAACCAGCAGAGAGUGGAGCUGCAAGCCUCCCAGAGCAGGUGUGCUGGGCUGCAGCAGGACAUUGAGCAGCUACAAACACAACUCACUGCACUCGUGGUGGAGCACCGAGCAUCUGAGCUGGCUCUCAGGAAGAGGAAGUGCAGGUUGGAGAUGGAAAUUUGGAACUGGGUCCAGAAAUACGACACAGACAUGGCAGAAAAACAGGCUGAGUACGAGGAGGUUGAUGCUGCCUAUGUGGAGGAGAAGGCCCAGCUGGCCCUGCUGACACAGAAACACGCUCUGCUUCUCCAGGAGUAUACCCAGAUCGAGGAGGAACGCAAGAUGCUUCAGGAGAAGGAGGAGGAGGCUUUGAAGGAGCUGAACACCAAGAACCGUGCUGCUGCCCGCAUCCAGGCCCUCUGGAAAGGCUACCUGGUCCGGUGCCUCUACAAGCCAAGAAGGAAGAAGGGCAAGGGCAAGGGCAAGGGCAAGAAGGGCAAGAAAUAAAGCACAAAAUCUGUUCUUCUUCCUCCUGGCAAAGCUGCUGCCUCUGCUGGGACUGAGCUCCUCCAGGCAAAGCAAGAGAUUUGAGAGAGCAGCUCCAUUAAGGCCUCUAGGGCUGGGGCUGCCUCUCAUAGCUGGAGCAUCCCGGAGCAGUGGCAUGAAGACAUGUCUCACCACUUGAGGUUUGGCUUUGCUGCCUCUGCAGGGAGCAGGAUGUCUCCUGAUGGAGGGACUGGGCUGGGAGUGCAGGUUCCUGGCUUGUAACCUUCGCUUCAGCCUCCCUGCUUAUCCCUUGCUUGUGUUCUCAGUGAAGGUGGCAAUGAAGUCAUCCCUGGGGGCAGGAUGAGACCCUUCAUCUGGCAGGGUUUCUGCUCUGUGGGUCUGAGAGGCCAUGUCUCUUUCUCCAGGAGGAAGCUGCAGGACGUGGCUCAUCAGGGGCAGAAGUGACACAAGUGCUGACUGGGCAGUUGCAGCUGAGGGCAGGGGCCAGCAGAAGGUGGGAUGUGGCACAGCCCAGCUCCUGUCCUGCUCCCAAUCCAAGCGUCUCCCUAAGACAAGAGGCAAACUGUGCCUGUUGAGUGCAGAUCCCUGCUCCGGCAGCGCACUCUCCACUGGAUUCCGCAGUGUCUGAUCCCAAGAGCACGCUGCAGCCUCUCCCUUUCCCGGGGCAUGACUCAAGUGCUUUCACUCCCUUCCUCUCCCAUCUAUGCAGCAGCUUCACAGCCCAGAGCCCUUCACCCCUCUGCUCUCUGGACUGAAAGGGGGCAAG